GAGGUUAAUGGCGGCGUCCACGGUGCCGUCCGCCGCCGACGUCGAGGAGACUGCGGUGGGCGAGGAACCGCCCGCUCUCAAACCCGGGGCCGCCCCGUUCGGAAACUUCCUCUGUUACUCCCGCUUCCACCCUCCCGAACAGCGUGUCCGUCUCCUGCCCCCGGAGCUGCUUCUCCGGCUCUUCCCCCGGAGUCCCGAGACGAGGCCGAUACUGGGUCUAGACGUGGGGUGCAACUCCGGGGAUUUGAGUGUGGCUCUAUACAAACAUUUCCUUUCCCUACGUGAUGGGGAGACCUCCUCGGAUGCCUCAAGAAAGCUCCGUUUCCUCUGCUGUGACAUAGAUCCAGUCCUGGUGGCUCGUGCUGAAAAAGAAUGCCCUUUUCCUGAUGCCUUGACCUUUAUCACCCUGGAUUUUAUGAAUCAAAGGACCCGGAAAGUUUUCAUGAACUCUUUCUUAAGCCAGUUUGGAUGCUCCGUUUUUGAUAUUGGCUUCUGCAUGUCAGUAACCAUGUGGAUCCAUCUGAACCAUGGAGAUCAAGGUCUGUGGGAAUUUCUGGCUCACCUUUCCUCCCUCUGUCACUACCUCCUUGUGGAGCCACAGCCCUGGAAGUGUUACCGAGCAGCUGCAAGGCGUGUCCGGAAACUGGGCCUCCAUGAUUUUGAUCACUUCCACUCCCUAGCCAUCCGAGGUGAUAUGGCAAAACAGAUUGUGCGGAUUUUGACCCAGGACCAUGGCAUGGAGUUAGUAUGCUGCUUUGGCAAUACCAGCUGGGAUCGAAGCCUUCUGCUCUUCAGGGCAAAACAGAGCAUAGAGACUCGUCCAAUUCCCGAAUUAUUGACUGAAGGGAAAGAAGAAAGGAACAGAUUAAGAUUCUGGAAACAGUGUGAUGGGAGGGUGUGAAGUUCAGUAAAGACAUUUAAUACUGAGGGUUAAGUUACCUCUUUAACUAUAUUAUUAAAUAGCCUUGAAAUCUGAAACUUUGGCAAAAUGUUGUAGAAUUAAAUUGUAAUUAUAAAAAAAAAAGGAUAAGGGUUGAAACUGUGGGCCACGGGAUAUUUACAGCAUUAGAAAGUGUUUCAUUGGAGUUAAAUAUUUCCAAGUUAUUAUGAAAUUACUUUUUUUUAGCCAUGAGUCCCCUCCGAGCUACCAAACCUUUGCUUUCUUUUCCUUUUGCUUUUCCUCAUGUUUCUUAUGUUGCUUCUCCCUGGUUUUGAAAAAAAAUUUGUUAUCUUUAGUAGUGGCUGGAAACCUGAAGCUCAUUUUUGUGGCCG